AUGCUAGACGAACAGCUGGCUGGCAUGGCUAGUUCCAAGGUCCAGGUCAUGUUCUCGUGGCGCGUUGCUGCUACCAAUUAUGCCAAUCAAUCUCCUGUGGACGCCAUCCUUGAUAAAGGUCAUGUGGUCCUGGAGGAUUUGCUGGAGAUCGACGACCUGGCCAAGGAAGCCAGAGUGGUGAAUGGGCGGCUCAUGGCCUACCUGAAGAAGCAGGACACUCUGAGGCAGCUGCUGGAGUAUUUGGUUGGGCGACCGCCUGCAGCCAGGACAGGGCAGCAGGGCAGCCGAGAGCAGGCAGAUGCGCGCACCAAGCACUCUCUGGCGGCCUGUGAGGUGCUGUGCAGCCUGGCAGAAGAGGUGCCAGGAGCGCUGGCGGGCAACAAUGAGCUCCUACACCUGCUUUUCAGCGCUACAGGCUCGCCCACAUCGCUGGACUGUGCUCUAGCUGGCUACUUUGCGCGGCUGGUGGGCAUCCUGCUCACGCGCUGUGCUGAGCAGAUGCUUGCCUUCCUGGAGGCCACCAGAGGGAUUGUGGAUUCCUUGCUGGAGCACCUGGACACGGCAGGCAUGGCGGAGACAUUUGUGCGCGUCGUGGGGGCUGAUGAGCAGGCCGUGCCCAACCUGCCACCAGAGUCCCUGGCCUGGCUCUCAGAAAUGGACAUCAUAGCCAGGCUAUUAGCAAGGUUGGAUGAGGACGCUAAAAGUGGCGCGCAUGGGAACGUGGCGGAGGUGCUAGCAGCAAUAGCGCGCAGCCGCAGCUCUCCACUGACGAGGCAGCUGUGUGAGGCACACAAUCUCGACAGCCUCAUAAGCAGAGCCGUCGUGGCUCCCCCGCAGAUACCAUCUGUCCAGGCGCUCAAUAUUUACAUAGCGCUGCUGGAGCGGCGGCGGCUGCUGGCCACAGUGAUGCGCACCAGUGCAGAGGUCUCGGCCGCAAACACAGAGGCCGAUGUCAACCUGUCAAAGGUCAUCGCGGCAAUGGUGCCACACACCCCCAUGCUGGCGCAAGUGCUGUCCACUGCCCACUCCACGGUAUUGCUGGAGACGUCGUAUGGGGUGCUGCGGCCUCCGCUCGGAUCUGUGCGGCUGACGGUGAUAGAGCUGGUGGCUGUGCUGCUGCGCACGGGGUCUGAGGAGGCCGAGACCGCAAUCAUUGCCUCUGGCAUCGUGCGCGAGAUCCUGGCCGUCUUCCUGCGCUUCCCAUUCAACUCCAUCCUACACCACCAGGUGACCAGCAUUGUUGCAUGCAUGCUGCAAGCUGGCAGCAACGCAAUUGUGGGGCACCUGUUUGGGGACUGCGAUCUGCUGGGCUGGCUGCUCAAUGCGCCCGCACACUGCGAACCAGAACAGCGAACUGGAGACACCCGAGAGCGGACCCCCCUCCGAGCAGGCUACAUGGGCCACCUGACAGAGAUCGCCAAUAGCCUGCAGACGGUGGCGGCCCGGCGUCCGCCAGUCGCAUCGCUGCUCUGCUCGAACACUGCGUGGACCGACUUUGCCUUCGGGCCCCUCGCCGAACGCAACCAGCUGGAGGAUGUGCUGUCGUGGCGGUGCGGCCACCCGCAGAUGCGCGGCGCGGUGCCGGCGAUGGCGAAGGACGGCGACACGGACAUGCCGGACCUGCAGCUGGACGCGCUGGCCAGCCUGGACCGCCACGCUGGCCGCUACGCCGCCUUCUCCGACGAAGAAGACGAGGACGAGCUCCACUCCCUCUACCUGGAUGACCGGGAUGCGUCGUGGAUGCGCCGGCCAUCGCUGCUGGCCGCGGUCGGCGGCGAGGGUCACUCGGGCGACGGAGACGGGGAGAACCUGGCGCGCCAGUCGAGCCCCCCCUCCACCUGGGAGGACCGCGCAGACGGCGCCUUUGAGACCAGCACCGCCUGGAUGGACUCCGACGAUAUGGACGAGGAUGGCAUGGUGCUGACGGCGUCCCCGGAGCACGGCGAGGGCGCCGGCACGCCGGACCUGUUGGCGGACUCCCCUCCUGCGGACGCGCCCAGCCCCAACGCAGCCCGGGUCACCCCGCGCGUGCUCUUCCCUGCGAUGCAGCCCCCCGUGACGAAGAUCGCCGCGCCGUCAGCCGCCGCCGCCGAUUCUCCCCGGCACGCGCAGGACGCCGAGGCCGAACCGCACGCCACCGCAGCAGAGUGGAGCCGCGGGCGGCAGAGCGAAAAGGGGGCCCCGGGUGGGGAGAGGGUGCGGUCCCCCGUGGGCUGCUACAGCACGCUUGCCUCACACCAGCACAGCGCGCCUAGCAUGGGCGGCCACGAUCUGCCGGCCUGCUUUGCAUCGCCGCCCACCUCGCCCCCCAUGAGCGCCCGCAGCCACCACUCGGACGAACCCAUGGACACCAUCAGCCUUGCAGAUCCACCCAUUCAUCCUGGGGAAGACAGCGCCGCUGCAGAGGUUGCGGAGGAUGAUCUGCAGCCGGAUGGGGUUGAGCUGCCGGGAGCAGAGGGCGGUGCGGCGGCCAUCGGCGGCGGCGGCGCACCUGCCAAGCCGGCCGGGACGCCAAUGGCCGGCCUAAGAGACCUGUUCGCUCCAGUCGGCGGCCUCUUCAAGGGCGCCUUCACAGCCUCCAGCCUGCCGCCGCCCGCCGCAGCAGCCAGCGAGGACCAGCAGAUGCAGACAGAUGACAGUCACAGAGGCGCAGCCGGCCCCGCGGCAGCGUCGGCGCUGGACACACCGGCAGCCGACAGGGGCGAGAGCACUCCUGCAGCACAGGCGUCUGAGAGCCGGGAGUCUCCGCGCCAAGAAGCGUCGGCUGUGUUUGAGGGUGUCGCCGAACAGAGUCCUAACUUCAAAGCUGCCGCGCAGCUGCCAAGGCCCAGGGGUGGAGGCAGCCUGUCAGGUGCCAUCUCUGAUCUGCCUGCGGAGUCGGAAGAGGUGGCAAGCUCCAGCAAGUUUCCAUCGCACAGCAGCGGCGACCUCCACAGGGAAGGCUUGGAGCACAACGCUCAUCCCCUCAACAGUGCAGACAGCGCUCCCAGCAGGGGCAGCAUAGAGGCCCCAGGCGAGGCAGACGAGAGCCCACUGAGCGCUCGUGCUGACAGCCAUCUAAAUCGGUCAUCCAAUGCACCUCCCCCCGACAGCGUGCAUGACAGCUCGCUGGAUCAUGGCGCAACAAAAAAGCCUCCCUUCAGGGGCAAGCACAGAAGGUGGGCGAAGAGCGACGCUGUGCUGGUGCCGCGGGGGGAAUCUGAGGAGGAGACCCUGGUGGGCAGCUUCACAAAGCUCCUGGUGUCCCAGGAUGAUGACUACCCAGAGGGCAGGGGCGGAGCAACAGCUGCGGGGCCUUCAGGCAGACGUGGCCGUCUGAGCCUGUCCUGCGCGCAGCAGGCGCCCAAGGCAUCUCACCCUUCUGCAGUGGAGAGGGAGUGGCCAGAGUGA